AUGAGCAAGCGGGCCACUUUGGCCAACUGCAUUGCCAAAAUGUAUGACGGGGGUAAGCUGGACAAUUCAGGAACCCCCACUGGAACUGUGAAGAAAUCCCCCUCCACCACUGGACUCUUGACCACUCUGGGAGGUGUGGAAAUUAGGUUGAUGCAGCUGGAGGGCAGGGUGGAACAGAUCGCCUCUACCCAGGCCGAAGUGCUUCGCAGACUAGAUGUGGUCUGCCAGGGCUUGGACUCCUUGGAGAAGGACGUAACCCAGAUACGCAGGAGCCAGGAAAGGGAGGGAGAGGUCCAGAAUGGGGAUGGUUUAAGGACUGCUUCCCCUUGUGCAGGAGGUGGGGAGGCAGCCUUGCUGUCAGAGGUGAAGGGCCUGUGCGGGGAGAUGGUAACUCUGCUCGGGAACCUGCAACAGGAAGGGAAGAGGCAGAGGGAGAGGCUGGAUGGGAUAGAGGGCUCAAUGUCAACCCUGGACAGGGUGAUGGGUUACUUAGGUGAGGUGUUUCGUAGCUCCAAGGUGGUGGAGUUUAUCCUGAAAGGUGUGGUGCCCUGGAGGAUUAAAGGCCUGCUUGGCAACGACACUCCUCCGGACCAGAAAAGGGAUUGUGCAGAAGAUGGGAGUCCAGCACCAAAGCCCACAGUCUGCCAUCGGGGUACACAGGUGGAGGAAGAGGGGUCUGAACCAGCAGAAGACACCAAACAGAUUCCUGAGGAGGUGAAACAGGCAGAUCCUGAGGCUCCAUCUCCAGUCUCUCCCCCUGAGUCUCCCACGUGUCCAUCGCCAAGUUCAUCCUCAGUUCAGCAGGAAGAGGCUCCUCCUCUGCUGACCCGAGACGGCUCCACCAAAGGCUCUCGAAGGCCCAAGGAGGUCACCAUGAAGAGUCGAGAACCUACCAGAGUCCAGACCUUUGUGCCAGAGAAUCAGGAGGAUACAGCAGCUCAAACCACAGCCCCUGUGCUGGAUAGGCCAGAGUCGGCUGCUGAAGUGGUUGCUGAUGCGGAUACCAUGGAGAUAGGAAGGCCUGACUCAUCCACCACCAUUACUGAGGAACCCAAGUCAGAGGUCAACCAUGAAACCAUCUCCCCACCUGCCAAAGAACAGAAGACUUUAUCUGCCCUAACAGAGCCACAAGUAAGUCAGAGCCAGAGUGAGACAACCGGUGUGGUGAAAACACAGCUGGAAACCGAGGUAAUUCAUCUCCAGAGUGUGCAAGAGGAUUCGGCGCAGCAGUGCUCCAUCCAGCCGGACCUUAACUCAUCACCAGGGGCAAUAACGGAUGGAGCCGAACCCACCACCACAGCACCAGCCUCCUCAGGUAGCAGACAAAACGCUGCCUCGGCGUCCCAGUUUGCGGUCAUAGAUGACUGUCCACCGGCACCGGCGCCUUUUGAACACCGCAUUGUGAGUGCCAAGCAGGUUCCCAUGGGCUCCUAUUACAGCGUCAAGCCCAAUGAGAUUCUUGGAGGGGGCAGGUUCGGUCAGGUCCAUAAGUGCGCUGAGCUUUCCUCAGGUUUGACCCUCGCCGCCAAGAUUAUCAAAGUCAGAGGGAUGAAGGAACGGGAUGAAGUGAAGAAUGAAAUUGGGGUUAUGAACCAACUCAACCAUGUGAACCUGAUUCAGCUGUAUGAUGCCUUUGAGUCACGGACAAACUUAACAUUAAUCAUGGAAUACGUGGAGGGUGGUGAGCUGUUUGACCGCAUCGUGGAUGAAAACUACCAGCUGACCGAACUUGAUGCCAUCAUCUUCACCAAGCAGAUCUGCGAGGGCGUUCAGUACCUUCACCAGCAGUACAUCCUCCACCUGGACCUCAAGCCAGAGAAUAUCCUGUGUGUGAGCUCUACAGGAAACCAGAUCAAGAUCAUAGACUUUGGCCUGGCCCGCAAGUACCGGCCACGUGAGAAGCUGAAGGUGAAUUUUGGGACUCCAGAGUUUCUUGCCCCAGAGGUUGUCAACUACGACUUUGUCUCUUUCCCUACUGACAUGUGGAGUGUUGGAGUGAUCACAUAUAUGCUGCUCAGUGGCCUGUCUCCCUUCCUCGGGGACAACGACGCAGAGACCAUGAACAACAUCCUCCACGCCAACUGGGACUUUGACAGCGAAGCGUUUGAAAAUGUGUCCAACGAGGCAAAAGACUUCAUCUCCAGACUGCUCAUUCCAGUUAAAAGUGGUCGGCUGAGUGCCUCUGGCUGCAUGAAACACAGCUGGUUGAACAACCUGGAGGAUAAAGCUAAAGUUUACCGUGUCAAGCUAAAGUCCCAAGUCAAACUACAGAGCUACUUAGCUGCCCACCGCCAGUGGAAGAAACAUUUCUACGUGGUCGCUGCUGCCAACAGACUGAAGAGAUUUCGCCAGAAUCGAUCCAUUAACACUGUGUAGCAUCUGCAAAUCAGCGGAUUAAUUAACCAGGUUUCAGUCCAUUUAUCAAUAAGAGGGCUGGCCUCUGGGCUUUCUGCACCUGCCCAUUCCACUGGGGUGUAUUUGCCGGGAUAAAACAUUCAGUGUUUCAGAUGCUAGAGGACAUGUUACAUGUUAAACAUGACCACAAAGGCUCCGGUUUGUUGCCAUGGGAGCGAUUUGCUGGACAUUACUGAGGCUUGUUGCUCUGUCACUAUGCCUGCAAUGAGUGCCAUACGUAGUGAGCAAUAGUUAACAGUAUGCUGCGUGGGAAUCCCUUUUCAUUCUGCACAAUGCACAGGGUUGGUGAUAGAUUAUGCUUAGGAUGCAGCUGACAUUAUUCAGGUGUACGUAAAUGCAUCGACGCAACCUCACUUCACAAUAUUUAAUUGGA